CUUCACCUCCACUCGUCUAUCAAUCCGUCUUCAUCCUCCCAAGACGUCCCACACAUAAACCCUCAAGAUGACCAAGCGAACGAAGAAGGUCGGCGUGACCGGUAAAUAUGGUACCCGUUACGGUGCCUCCCUGCGAAAGCAGGUCAAGAAGAUGGAAAUCACCCAGCACGCCAAGUACACCUGCACCUUCUGCGGAAAGGUCACUGUGAAGCGACAGGCCACUGGUAUCUGGGACUGCAAGUCUUGCAAGCGCACCGUUGCCGGUGGCGCUUACGUCGUCUCCACCCCCGCUGCCGCCGCCAUGCGAUCGACUCUGCGACGACUUCGUGAGAUUGCUGAGGUUUAAAGGAGUGGACUUUAGCGGGAGGGGAAAACGGCUUUGCUUUUCGGUCUGGUGCACGGGGGGAACAUGGAUUUCGUGCCUACACUACGAGUUGGCGGACUGGACGUCAGCACCCGAUCUUCGGUCGCAUAGAGGCCGUUCGAUUAGCAAUGAACAAAAAUGAAUUGCAUAGUUUCGGACCCUUUC